UUGACAAUUGUAAAUGUAAAUAAUAAUUUGCACAAAACAUAUAAUAAUUUCAAAUUUGUAUAUCUUGUAAUUCCUGUCUGCACGCAUCUCUUAUUUGUGUUAAUAUAAUACCAGAACAGUAGAAUUAAAAUAUAUUCUAAAUAGAUAUGGGUGAAGGAGAAUGUGAAGUUGUAGAGGUACCGAAAAAAGGGAGACAUCGGAAGAAACAGUUGUACAGUUCUAUAUUACAACAAAUGGAGUUUUAUUUCAGUGAUUCUAAUCUUUCCAAAGAUAGAUUUUUGUCUCAACUUAUUUCAGAAAAUCCACAUGUAGAUAUUACAGUAUUUUUAAAGUUCAACAAAAUUAGAAAACUGAAUUGCACCCUUGAAGAUAUAUGUAAAGCUGUUGGUAAAUCCAAUUUAAUUGGUCUGUCUGAAGAUAGAGAAAAAAUUUAUCGUAAGCAGCCAUUAAAAGUAAAGCAAAAUGUAGAUGACUGCACAAUAUAUGUUGAAAAUAUUAAAGCUGAUGCAAAUCAUGAAUGGUUAACUCAAGUAUUUUCUGAAUUUGGUACUGUCGUUUAUGUUUCAAUACCAAAAUAUAAGCAAAAUAAAGGUAACAAAGGAUUUGCCUUUGUGGAAUUUGAUAAUGAAACAGAAGCAAUGGCUGCCCUUUCUUAUUUUGAAAGUAUUGGUUGCAAGAUGCCAUCUGAAACGAAUCCUGAAGAUUUAAGAAGUAUUGUAACAUUUGAUGAAAAUGUGUCGACAAAAGAUGAUUUGAAUAUAGAUAAUAAAAUUGAAAACAUUGAAGACACCCAAAAUUGUAAGAAAAGAAAAAUCGAUGAUGAUAUUAAUAUUAAAAAAAGACAAAAAACUGAUUUAAAUUUAAGUAGAGAUGAUGAAUUGGAGAAAGAAACAAGAAUUGAAGAAAAUACUGAAACAGAAAACAAAAAGAAGAAGAAGAGUAAAAAAGAUAAAAAGAGGAAUUAUAUAAAAGAUUUGGGUUUACAAAUACUUUCAAAAAAAGAAUGGAAAAAAAUGAGAAACAGAUAUCUAGAUUUGCAAAGAAAAAACAUGAAAGAAUUUAAACAGUACUUACACAAGCAAAAUUUUACUCAAAAUGUUACAAAUAAUCAAGAUAUAGACAAAAAUUCUGAAAAGGAAAUUCCCCCAAAGUUGGAAUAUGUUCCUGGAGUAAUAGUAAAAUUAGUAUUACCAGAGCCAUGUUCGGAUGUAAAAAAGUUAAAGAAUGACAUAAAAGCUCUGUCUUCAGAUGUCAAAUAUGUUGAUAUUCCACCAGUCGGAAAUGAGGAGAUUUAUGUUAGAUUUGCCAGCAGUGAAGGUGCGAAGGAAUUUUGUGAUAAUGAAUUUCCUGGUGAACGUAGUAUUUUAGAAAACGAGGAAGAAAAGUCUUAUUGGAAUAAAAUUAAAAUGGAUAGAAAUGUUAAAUUCUCAAAAUCUGCCAAGAAACAAAGAGGAAGAGAUAAAUUGUUAAAAAAAGCUGAAAAGGAAAGAGCCAAGCAUAUAAGAUUUGAAGAAGCAGAUUAAUAUUAGUAGAUUAGUUUUGAAUAAUUUGAAAGACCAAGAUUACCUUUAUCCACAUUUUUUUGUUAUAAAAUAAAAACUAUCAAUACAA